UUGUUGCAGGACCACAGCUUCAAGGUUGUGCAACACCUUUAGUAAACACUUCCUGAAUCAGAGUCAAGAAUGAACCAGGGAGUUUCAUUCUGUCUCGCUGGAGAGGAGGCAGGGACAGACCCAGCAGUGCCCAUCUGAGCGAGAAGAGCAGACACUGUGCUCCUGGAAUCAUCCAGCAUGUUGCAAGGUCUCCUGACGGUCAGUCUCCUCCUCUCUCCUGUUCCAGUAAGUGCUAUAAAAGAACUCCCUGGGGUGAAGAAGUAUGAAGUGGUUUAUCCUAUAAGACUUCAUCCACUACAUAAAAGAGAGGUCAAAGAGCCAGAGCAACAGGAACAAUUUGAAACUGAAUUAAAGUAUAAAAUGACAGUUAAUGGAAAAAUUGUGGUGCUUUAUUUGAAAAAAAACAAGAACCUCCUUGCACCAGGCUACACAGAAACAUAUUAUAAUUCCACUGGAAAGGAGAUCACCACAAGCCCACAAAUUAUGGAUGAUUGUUACUAUCAAGGACAUAUCAUUAAUGAAAAGGAUUCUGACGCUAGCAUCAGCACAUGUAGGGGUCUAAGGGGCUACUUCAGUCAGGGGAAUCAAAGAUACUUUAUUGAACCUUUAAGCCCCAUACAUUGGGAUGGACGGGAGCAUGCACUCUUCAAGUAUGACCCCGAUGAAAAGAAUUAUGACAGCACCUGUGGGACGGAUGGUGUGUUGUGGGCCCAUGAUUUGCAGAACAUUGCCCGACCUGCCACCAGACUAGUAAAAUUGAAUGAUGGGAAGGUUCAGAAACGUGAGAAAUACAUAGAAUAUUAUUUGGUCCUGGAUAAUGGUGAGUUUAAAAAGUACAAUGAGAAUCAAGAUGAAAUCAGAAAGAGGGUGUUUGAGAUGGCUAAUUAUGUCAACAUGCUUUAUAAAAAACUCAAUACUCAUGUGGCCUUAGUUGGUAUGGAAAUAUGGACUGACGAGGAUAAGAUAAAGAUAACCCCAAAUGCAAGCUUCACCUUGGAAAAUUUUUCUAAAUGGAGGGGGAGUGUUCUCCCAAGAAGAAAGCGUCAUGAUAUUGCUCAGUUAAUCACAGCAACAGAAUUUGCUGGAAUGACUGUGGGUCUUGCAUUUAUGUCUACAAUGUGUUCUCCUUAUCAUUCAGUUGGUGUUGUUCAGGACCAUAGUGACAAUCUUCUUAGAGUUGCAGGGACAAUGGCACAUGAAAUGGGUCACAACUUUGGAAUGUUUCAUGACAACUAUUCUUGCAAGUGUCCUUCUACAAUAUGUGUGAUGGACAAAGCACUGAGCUUCUAUAUACCCACAGACUUCAGUUCCUGCAGCCAUGUCAGCUAUGACAAGUUUUUUGAAGAUAAAUUAUCAAAUUGCCUCUUUAAUGCUCCAUUGCCUACAGAUAUCAUAUCCACUCCAAUUUGUGGGAACCAGAUGGUGGAAAUGGGAGAGGACUGUGACUGUGGGACAUCUGAGGAAUGUACCAAUAUUUGCUGUGAUGCUAAGACAUGUAAAAUCAAAGCAGGUUUUCAAUGUACAUCAGGAGAAUGUUGUGAAAAAUGCCAAUUUAAAAAGGCUGGGAUGGUGUGCAGACCAGCAAAAGAUGAGUGUGACCUGCCUGAGAUGUGUGACGGUAAAUCUGGUAAUUGUCCUGAUGAUAGAUUCCGUGUCAAUGGCUUCCCUUGCCAUCACGGGAAGGGCUACUGCUUGAUGGGGGCGUGCCCCACGCUGCAGGAGCAGUGCACUGAGCUGUGGGGACCAGGAACUGAGGUUGCAGAUCAGUCAUGUUACAACAGGAAUGAAGGUGGGUCAAAGUACGGGUACUGUCGCAGAGUGGACGACACACUCAUUCCCUGCAAAGCAAAUGACACCAUGUGUGGGAAGUUGUUCUGUCAAGGUGGGUCGGAUAAUUUGCCCUGGAAAGGACGGAUAGUGACUUUCCUGACAUGUAAAACAUUUGAUCCUGAAGACACAAGUGAAGAAAUAGGCAUGGUGGCCAAUGGAACUAAAUGUGGCCAUAACAAGGUUUGCAUUAAUGCAGAAUGUGUGGAUAUUGAGAAAGCCUACAAAUCAACCAAUUGCUCAUCUAAAUGCAAAGGACAUGCUGUGUGUGACCAUGAGCUCCAGUGUCAAUGUGAGGAAGGAUGGAGCCCUCCUGACUGCGAUGACUCCUCAGUGGUCUUCCACUUCUCCAUUGUGGUUGCGGUAUUGUUCCCAGUGGCGGUCAUUUCUCUGGUGGUUGCUAUAGUAAUCCGCCAACAGAGCUCCAGAGAAAAGCAGAAGAAAGAUCAGAGGCCACUAUCUACCACUGGCACCAGGCCACACAAGCAGAAGAGGAAACCCCAGAUGGUAAAGGCUGUUAAACCACAAAAGAUGAGUCAGAUGAAGCUCCAUGUGUAUGAUCUGCCAGUAGAAGGCAAUGAGCCCCCAGCCUCUUUUCUAAUUACAAAGCCAGAUUUUUCACCACCUCCAAUUCCUGCACCUAGAUCAUCUUCUUUCCUUGACUCAAAUCUAAAAGCAUGAGGCAACAGCUAAGCAGGAACUGAUGGCUAAAUUAUCAACUUGGAAAACUGGAAAAUCUGGAUGGCAGAGAAAUACACUUAUUUUUCACGAGUAUUUGCUCUUGACUCAAGAAGGUUAACAUUUUCUGAUUUGUGUUAGACUUUGAAGAGACUAAAGAAAAUUUUCAAGAGGGACAUAUGCCUGAGAACCUUUGCAUGAGUUUAAAAUUUCAAUUAUCCAUUCUUAUAAGAAGGAAAGUGAUUGUAAAGAAAUAUCUGGGAAGUUAAAAUCUUUAAUAGGAAUUGAUUCAUUCUCUAAUUAAAACAAAACAUAAAAACAUUACACUAAUCUUGGAGGAAUAAGAAAAAUUGUACAUCCAUUAAAUGAGUAGCAACAUCUUGAUGGCUUUAACCAUUAACUUGUCAAAUUAGAAUCUCAGUUAAGAAAAUGAUGUAAACAUUCUGUUUUGUGGAUCUCUUUUCUACAUUAGCUUCUGAAAUCAUUAUUAGCUAUACCAUUUGAGGUUUUCUACAAUUUAGUAAAGCUAUGAAUUAAAAAAUGUUUUAUCAUAUAUAUUUGUAGAGUUAAUUACUGUCAUGGUUAAAGUGGUUUUCACUUUUUAAAUGGAGAAAAUUGUAGUUAAUCGGAUAAACCAGAGGUUGCAAACUGGUGACCUGUAGGCCAUAUUUGCACUGCAAAUAUAUUUUAUUUGGUCUGAACGAUAUUGGACACAUAGUACUUUUAAAUGUUUUGAAUGUGUUGCUAAUAUUUAAGAAUUGAGAGAUCUUGCAUAAACAUCCAGAUUCUCAGCGUUGUCAGAUGUAAUCAAAACGUAAUCCAAUGCUUUGUCAACAAUAGAAUUACAUUGCCCAUAGCAACCAUCAGCAUAGUUGAUGGGUAACAUAGCAAACACUAUUUGUUGCCUACCAAAUAAUCCCCUUCCUUUCCUUGCUUUUAGAACCCUAAAUUUUGUUCACCUGCCCACUUCUAGGAAAAAAUAUCUCCAUUUCAUGGAUAAAUACCUAUCACUUUAAGUCAAUUAUAAUAACCUCAUUUUUUCCUUGCUAGUAGUUGACUUGGAGAUGAUUUUAUUUUCCACCCUCUGCCCUUUUUUUUUUUCCCCAAUAAGACAAGAGAGGAAUUACGUUAGGACAUUUCUGGCAAAGUUUUCUGGAUAUGGGCAUCUGAAUACUCUACCUUGGUACUGCUACACUCCACACUGUGAUUAUGAAGGCUGAAGAAGAUAGAUAGAGCAGAAAGAUGAAAAGAAUAAAACCUGGCCUUUCAAUGAUGUCAUUGAACUGGUAGAUUAAUGACUGCUGGAGUUACCUCACACUUUCUUGGUACUCCUUGUUAUAUGAGCGAUAAAUUUUCCUCGUCGUUUAGGCCAUUUUGAGUUGGAUUUUCUCUGUUUCAACAAAGAUCAUCCUAACUGGUAAUGUAGUUGUUUCCAUAAUCAGGGAACAUGUUUUAGUUCAUCAUCACAGCUACAGUUUUUCUUGUAUUUGUCUACUUCACCAAUUUCCAUCACUCACCUCGUCCCCAUAGGCCUGUCUCUUCAUGAGGAACUUUAUGGUUCAUUUACCCUUGCAGUAUGAGGUUCUAGGUAAGUUCACUCUGGCCUCAAAAGUGAAGCUCAAUCCUCAGGAAAUCCAGAAUCCACUGAUCAAAUCACUGUCAAGGAUAGAGGUUUUCUUUCCAUGUGGCAUUUGCACAAGAACAACUUAAAAAGUAGAGCUUUAUCUGCCCUGUGAGGUUUCAGAAGACCCUCCCCUGACCCGGAAAUAAAUCCCUAUUUCCUGGAAAGCCAUUGUGUACUUGUGACCAACUUAUGAGCCUUUUCUGUGUGUGUGUGUGUGUGUGUGUGUGUAACACCUGACCCCAGUAAUCGAUUCAUAUAAUCCUUUUUUAUACUGAUGGAAUGGAAAUCUUAAACCGGUGAAUCCUCAACAAGCCAUGUACCAUAACCCAAGCAAAAACUAAACCAUACACUCUCAAGCAGUGGCAUGUGAACAUUCCUGCAAGUUCCUAAAUGAUGUCACUAGGUCCCUGAUGCAGAUGCAUCAUAAGUCCUAUUUGAAGAGAAAUAAUGUAGUACAAUGACAGGAAAACCAGUAUUUUAUCAUAGAACUGUGAACCCAAGUCCUACAAUGUUUCCCUUUCAGCUGAACUGCAGAGGAGUUUAGAACAGACUUUGAUUUCACAAUACUGUUUCCACACUUACAGCCAUAACUUUCUAACUUUAAGAGAAUUCUGCUUAUUUGACAUUUAGCCACCUCAGAUAUGGCACUGAACCUGUUUUUAUUGUUAUUUUUACCUUCUCUACUUUAAAACAGUAACAUUAUUAGGUUAAAUUGUGUUUUUAUCCAGUUACUGUAAGACUAAGAUACCAUAGUAUUUGUCUACUUAUUAUAACUCACCAAAUUGCUGCUUUUAUGUGGGCUUUGGGAAUGCUUUUAGCUUUUUAAAAAAUAAUGAAGUAUGCAUGGAAAAAAAAGCAAAUUUUAGUUGUUUGCAAUCAGAAUAUGGAAAGGGUUAUUAUUAUAAUUAAGAUUUUACUAUUCACAUUGGAAAUCACUACUAUGUGUUAAGGAAUUGAAGGUGGUCUCUGGCUAGCAGCCAUUAAGAAAAUGAGCCCGAGUUCAACGACCCAUAAAUGAAGUGAAGUCUGCCAACAACCACUGAAUAAGCUUGGAAUUAGAUUCCUUCCCAGUUGAAUCUUGACUUCAGCCUUGUGAGACACCCUGAAGUAGAGGAUGCAGCUGAAUUUUGUCCAGAUUACACACCCACACAAACCGUAUGAUAAUAAAUAUGUGUUGUUUCAAGUUAUUACAGUUUGGAGAUAUUUGUUAUGCAGCAAUAGACAGCUGACACAAGGAAGUAGAGAACAAACAUUUUGUAUUAGUCUGUUUUCACAUGGCUAUAAAGAAUACCACCUGAGAUUAAGUAAUUUAUAAAGAAAGGAGGAUUAAUUGACUCAGAAUUCCACAUGGCUGAGGAAGCCUCAGGAAACUUACAAUCAUGAUGAAAGAGGAAGCAGGAACAUCUUACAUGGUGAAAAAUGUGUAUGAAGGAGGAACUGUCAAACACUUAUAAAGCCAUCAAAUCUCUUGAGAAUUUACUAUCACAACAACAUCAUGGGGGAACCACCCCCAUGAUCCAAUCACCUCCCACCAGGUCCCUCCCUCAACAUGUGGAGAUUAUAGCAAUUAAAAAAAUGAGAUUUGGGGGGAUGGGCACAGAGCCAAACCAUAUUAUGUUUCAAAUGCUCCAGACAGGUUUAGGUAUAAUUAACUAUAUUUAAUAGGCUUUCAUCACUGCAAAACUUUUUUUCCUUUCUUUCUGUGUCUCUAGUCUCUUCCAUUUGUUCUCCCUUCUUUACUAGCACCGAGGAUUCGCUUGAAAUCUCUGAUAGCCAGUAUUCUCACUUAUCAUAUUCUUUCUCACUUUGUGUUUCCUUGGUAUUUUUGGGUAAUUCCUUAAGUUUAUCUUCCAAAUUACUGGUUUUUAUGUUCUGUACUGUCAGUCCUCCUGUUCACUAAUUUCAAAAUUUAUAGUUGUUUCUCUUGUUUACUUAAUAACAUUCUCUUCUUCCCUAUCAGUUUAAUUUUAUAAAGGCUAACCAAUUGUUUUUAACUUCCAUUUCCAGAUAUCAUUUUAAAAAUUAAAGCAAAAUGUAUAUAAACCUUAUUACUGCUUCCCAGAGUAAAUGUUUUUCAGAAGUACAUGCUUUCUCAGCCACUUGACUAGUAUGUACCCCAUCAUUCAAAGACACCCUUAUUUCUUAAGUGUUACAUUGCUAUUUUUCAGUUGGUGCAUCCAAUGUUACUAAUAUCAGGCUUUUAAUAUUCUUUCAUUAUAUGUCUUUAUUCAUAGAAUCCAUCUCUUGAGUAUAAGCUAAAUAAUAUGCAUGUACUAGUAUCUGAAUGUAAUAUGGAAUAAUAUAGAAAUGGUUGGGGUGAUAAGCAAGUCUUGCAUAUUCUUUUCUUCUCAAUUUUUUUCUCUCUCCAAAGUGGGCCAACACAAGAGUGGCACAGCUGUGUGGAGAUACUGAGAUCCACCUUGUCAGGGAAGAUCCUAACUCAGGAAAAAGCACUUCUAACAAAAUCUGUAGCCACACUGGUACAUUUGCCCUUGAAUUCACCUUGUCUCUUUUGCGGCUUCCAUAAAAAGGCGUUCGCUUGACAAUGUUAGACACUUUUUAGCAACUAGGCCUGGGUAGUCUGCUACAAUGCCCAACACUAAUACAAUAUCACUAUUACUGUUAGUAGUAUGCUAAGCAAAUACUAUUGUUAUAAAAAAAUUCCUAAGCAUGAAAAUUAUGGUAUAUAAAAUUUAUUGUGAAGGCAAAUUCUUGUGAACAUUAAACUGUUUAUCUCCUUCACCUCAUAUUAAAGUCCAUACUCUUGGGAUAUAUCUGACAUCUCAAUGUUAAAUGACUAAGAUGA